AUGACAAGGUCAGAUCAUGUGGUGUACAGCAGCAACCUGCACUCAGCCUGCGCCCAUGAGAACGCCGUGCACAGCCGGGUCUUUCAGAUCUUAUACAGGAACGAAGAGGUCCCCAUAAAUGACGCCGUCAUCUUCCGGGCUCAUUUGCUCUUAGAUGGAGAAAGGGUGGAAGAAGCACUAAGUGAAGUCGAUUUUCAGCUCAAGGUGGAUCUGCACUUUACCGACAGUGAACAGCAGCUGCAGGAUGUGGCGGGGGCCCCCCUGAUCAGCAGCCGCACACUUGGCCUACACUUCGACCCCCGGAGAGGUCUGCAUCACCAGGUCCCCGUCAUGUUCGACUAUUUCCACCUGUCAGUCAUCUCGGUGACUGUCCACGCUGCCCUCGUGGCUCUGCAGCAGCCCUUGAUCAGUUUUACCCGUCCGGGAAGAGGCUCCUGGCUUGGUAAAGGCGGGCCAGACACGGGACCAGAACAAUCUAGCCUCUCUCUGGAAAACCUGGUCUUCGGAGCUGGAUACUGCAAGCCGACUUCCUCAGAGGGGAGCUUCUACGUGCCGUCCGAGAACUGCAUGCAGCGCGCACACAGGUGGCAUCGGGAACUGUGCUUCCUGCUGCUACAUGCCUACCGGGGACUCCGCGCCCACUUCCUGGUCAUCAUGAGGGACAUCCCAGAGCUGCCGCACACAGAGCUGGAGUCCCUUGCUGUUGAGGAAACGCUCUCUCAGCUGUGCUCAGAGCUACAGAUGUUGAACAAUCCCGAGAAGAUAGCCGAGCAGAUAAGUAAGGAUCUCGCCUGGCUCACCUCCCACGUGAUGGCUCUGUGGACCCAGUUCCUAGACACAGUGACUCUACACUCCCAGGUGACCUCUUAUCUCACCCAGGAACAUCACACCUUGAGGGUCCGAAGGUUUUCUGAGGCCUUCUUUUAUAUGGAGCACCAAAAGCUUGCAGUUCUGACCUUUCAGGAGAAUCUGAUACAGACCCACAGCCAGUUGUCUCUGGACAUCCGAAACUCGGAGUACCUCACCACCAUGCCCCCGCUGCCCGCGGAGUGCCUGGACAUCGAUGGCGACUGGAACAACUUGCCAGUUAUCUUUGAGGACAGAUACGUGGACUGCCCUGCAACAG